AACAAGCUCGAACGCUUCCGGUUUCUCUCCUUCCGUGAUUUCAGACAUAAUGCGCCACAGGAGAAACUCUGAGUAAAGGAAAGCUGAAUAUUACAGAAACAUGGCAUCAACACUUACAGGGAAAAUGCGGAGGAGCAGCAGAGAGAUUAUACCUCCACAAAUGUCAGAUGUAUUGCAUAUUGUGCUGUUGGGCAAAACUGGAGCAGGAAAGAGUGCUUCAGGAAACACCAUCCUGGGUGGAGAUAGAAAAACAUUUGAAGAAGGUUUUUCCCCUGAAUCUGUGACCAGAAUCUGUCAGAAAGCACAUACAGAAAUAGAUGGUCAAAAUAUCAAUGUGAUCGACACCAUUGGACUCUCUGAUAAUUCAGAGAAUAUUACAGAUUUCAGAUCCAAAAUAGAGCAGAUAUUUGAUUGUACACGUGAUGGUCUUGAUGUGAUUUUGCUUGUUAUCAAAUUGGGCGAGAGAUACAUAGAGGAGGACAGAAACAUUGUGAAAUGGAUCAAAGAGAACUUUGGAGAAAAGGCCUCAAAACACACAAUAGUGCUCUUUACUCAUGGAGAUCAAUUACAGGUGCCAGUGGAAGAAUAUUUGAGUAAAUAUGAACCUCUGAGGUCAGUAGUUGAUCAGUGUUCAGGAGGAUAUCAUGUUUUUAAUAACAAAGAUAAAGAUCGAGUUCAAGUCACUGAACUUCUGAAAAAGAUUGAUUCACUGAAGAUGAUGAAUGGAAGCAGGAGAUACACUGAACAGGACUAUAAGGAGAAUAAAUAUAAAAUCCUACAUGAAGAGUAUCAUAUAGGAGCAGCUGGAGGAGGAGCUGGAGGAGGUGUGGGAGCAGGAGGAGGAGGGGGUGUGGGAGCAGGAGGAGCAGCAGCAGGAGGAGGAGCUGGAGGAGGUGUGGGAGCAGGAGGAGGAGGGGCAGGAGGAGGAGCUGGAGGAGGUGUGGGAGCAGGAGGAGGAGGGGGUGUGGGAGCAGGAGGAGGGGGGGGGAGCAGGAGGAGGAGGAGGGGGUGUGGGAGCAGGAAGAGCGGCAGCAUUAGGAGAUUGCUCUAA